CACAGCCACUGAUAGAGAGAGAGAGAGACAGAGAGAGAGAUAGGAUGAGGGACGUGCUACAGCUGUCUCUGUGACAGACUCUGCGUCUGCUGCUGUAGUGAUCGUGCUGAAAAAACUGCUUCUGCGUCCUUGCUGCGGGCCGGACACAAACUCGUUCAUGUCGUUUUGCCUGGUUGACUUUUUCGACAUGGAAUCUCCCACCAAAGAGAUCGAGGAUUUUGAGAACAACUCUCUGAAGUAUCUGCAACCAGAGCAGAUUGAGAAGAUCUGGCUGAGACUGCGAGGACUGCGAAAAUAUAAGAAGACGUCACAGAGGCUAAGAUGUUUGGUAAAACAGUUGGAGAGAGGUGAAGCUUCAGUUGUCGACCUGAAAAAAAACCUAGAAUAUGCUGCAUCCGUUUUGGAGUCCGUCUACAUUGAAGAGACGAGGCGGUUGGUGGACACAGAGGAUGAGCUCAGUGACAUCCAGUCCGACUCGGUUCCCUCAGAAGUGCGCGACUGGCUGGCGUCAACUUUCACACGUCAGAUGGGGCUGAUGUUGAGACGGUCUGAGGAGAAGCCGCGAUUUCGCAGCAUUGUGCAUGCGGUGCAAGCUGGGAUAUUUGUGGAAAGGAUGUACCGACGGACCUCCAACAUGGUUGGACUGAGCUAUCCACCCAGCGUGAUCACUGCCUUGAAGCAUGUGGAUACUUGGUCCUUUGAUGUCUUCACACUUAACGAUGCCAGCGGUGAUCAUGCACUCAAAUUUAUUUUUUACGAACUUCUCACCAGAUAUGACUUAAUCAAUCGCUUCAAGAUCCCUGUCUCUGCACUGGUGUCUUUUGUAGAGGCCUUGGAGGUGGGCUACAGCAAACACAGAAACCCUUACCACAAUCUAAUCCACGCUGCAGAUGUCACCCAGACAGUGCAUUACCUUCUGCUCAAGACUGGCAUGGUGCACUGGUUGACCGAGUUAGAAAUCUUUGCAAUGCUGUUUGCCGCAGCUGUGCACGAUUACGAACAUACUGGCACCACCAACAACUUCCACAUACAGACCAGAUCAGAUUCAGCUAUACUGUACAACGACCGUGCCGUACAGGAAAACCACCAUGUGAGCACUGCAUAUCGCCUACUGCAGGACGACGAUGAGAUGAACAUCCUCUACAAUUUGUCUAAAGAUGACUGGAGAGAAUUUCGGACCCUGGUGGUUGAGAUGGUCCUGGCCACGGACAUGUCCUGCCACUUCCAGCAGAUUAAAGCUAUGAAGAACUUCCUCCAGCAGCCUGAAGCGAUUGAUAAACCUAAGGCCUUAUCCCUGUUACUGCACACGGCUGAUAUCAGCCACCCUGCCAAAAACUGGAACAUGCACCAUCGCUGGACAACCUCACUGCUGGAGGAGUUCUUCAGACAGGGAGAUAAGGAGGCGGAGCUUGGAUUGCCUUUCUCUCCUCUCUGUGACCGCAAGUCUACCAUGGUGGCCCAGUCUCAGAUCGGUUUCAUUGAUUUCAUCGUGGAGCCUACCUUCACUGUCCUCACAGACAUGAUCGAGAAAAUUGUUUCUCCGCUUGUCGAAGAGGCCUCACACUCUGGCCUGUCUGGAUUCAGACGAUCCAGUCUGAAUAACAUCCCAACAGAUGGUAAACGGUCUAAUGCGAGAAGCACAGGUUCAGAGAGCGGCACCUCUUUUAACUGCUCCAUACACACUGUCGAUUACAAGUCCUUCAAGGGCACCUGGAAUGAGGAAGUGCAAAAAAACCGAGAGAAAUGGAAAGCGCAAGCGGCCAAAGAUUUAGAAGAGAAGGCUAAACAGGAAGAGAAUGAGAAGAAAAACGAUGGUGCCACAGACACGAAGAACAAUGACAGCACAACAAAUAAAGAUGAUAAUACUAAAACACCUGACAAAGACAAAAUCAACACAGACUCACCUGAGAAAUCACAAGACAAAGGGAAAAAAGAAGCAAGACAAGAGAACGACGCCAAGGAGAAAGAUUCAAAAAAUCAAGAGGACUCAAGAAAAGCUACAGUAGAUAACAAGGAACCCACAGAGCAGCAGCCCAGAGAAGAAGAGGGCAAUAAAGACCCAGGGGGGGUAAAUGAGGCACAAAUGCCAGCAUCUGAUGCCAAAGAUCCAGAGACCGGCAGUGAUACGGACAACAGUCAACAAGCACAAAACGGUCCUACUCAUCGUAAGUACCACCUGGUGCGAUACACUAAGAAACCCAGUUACUGUGCUAACUCCUACUUGCCCUCCCGGCCACAGAGAGAAGACAACAAACCCACAGACCCUCGCAGCAAAGCCAGACAUCUACAAAGCAUCUCUUUGAGACGGGGGAGGUGACCUCACCUCAGCACUACGCACACUUGUGUUUGAGUUACACACAACAACAGGUCUGGUCUGCAUAGUUAAUAUAGUUAAAAACUCAUGAAAACAUGACCAGUUUUCAAAAUAUUACAUGAAAGUGAAAAUGAAGCCUCUUUUUAUGACAAUAAAUACAGUUUUUGCUUUGUGACAUUACAGUAUUUUCAUGUCAGUUUUAUGCACCAAUUCUCAUUACUGUGAUGUAUCCGGUCGUUUUACUUUUGAGGUCUUUUAUUUGUAAUUUUAAUUAUUUAUUCAUUAUAUUUUAUUGUAUUUAUUACAUAUUUGACCUCUCCUUCGUUUUUAGUCAUUUUGACCGAGAAGCACAUUUUGAGUUUGAUGUACUGAAGUAAAAACGAAAUAUAUAGUAAUUAUUUUGUUUCUAUUGUCAAAAUGGAAUCAUUUUAAAGUUGGUAAUCAUUUAAUUAUAUAUACAGUAUAUAUACUGUGUAUUUGUAUAUAUUAUUUAUUUAUUUAUUUUUGAGGGGUUAUUCUAGUUAGAUUCUCCUUACUGUAAUAUGGGAAUUUUAUUGUAUUCCAGAAAAAAAUUACUGUAAUAAAAUAUAUUUUUCAUUUAUAUCUACAUAAAUUAAAGGCAGUACAACAUACUGUGUACU